AUGGCUACGAACGCUCCUCAACGAGAGCCGAAAGACGAACGUCCACUGGUUGGAGCUCCUCUCACUGAAGAUGAACUUGCACCUACCUCAAACCCGCCUCAUCCCAUUCACGAUCAGCUACGUUCUUUGUCGUCAUCAAUCACCAGCCUAUCAAUCUCCGAACCAUGCUCCACUCCACGAGGAGACUUCGAACCCUUCGCCAACCUCGCAAUUGAGCUCCGCCUAGCAAUAUGGGAUAUAAUUGCUACCGAACCCCGCCUUGUGCACUGGCGACCCGGAGGCGGAAAGCAACCCACAAUCCUUGCCGUCAACCACGAGUCCAGAGAAGUCGGCUUAAAGAACUUCACGCUCUGCUUCGACCGAUACCUUCGAAGCGGCGUUUAUGCAAUCUUUGUCAACAUAGAAAUCGACACCCUCUACCGAAAGCAGAUGGUCCCAAACCUAACGCGCAUGCGCGACGCUGGCGCUAUCCCACUUCCUUCCACCAUGGGUGUUGAUGGACCUGUUGGUCCGAACUGGAAUGUGCGAUACUGGACAAAGUCUCUACGACGACUGUGUAUCAGCAUUCAUGAGGCUUUUGCCGUUCCGAAGACUCCUGGACGCAUGCCCGGUGGAAGAGGAAGACAGCAGCAAGGUAUUUGGCCAAAGCUGAAGGCUAUGUGUCCAGAUUUGGAGGAGUUGAUCGUUGCUGUACCGAGGAUCCGCCAUGAGUCUGUGUACCAGGUACACACGAUACUACCCCAGAAAUUAGUAUACCUUCACGAUUUGAUGGACCUCCCUGCCGGAUAUGGAACAGCAGAAGAACAGAUGAAGAUGGCGACGAUUGUGGCGGAUCUUGUUCGUGUGCAAGGUCGAGGGCAUCUACUGAAGCUGAAAAUGAAGUUUCAGCUGAUUGGAUCGAGACAAGAAGGUUGUUAGGCUGUCAUGUUUCUAAGUUGGUGGGUUGUAUGAUGAAUUCGUAUUACGUAUGAGAGGG